GUCGCGCCUUGGCUGUCAGAUCAUUUCGGCCAGAGAGUUGGAUGGUUUGCACCUGCUGCUGCCCGCAGCCACUGAGGACGUGCGCAUCUCCCGUCUCUCCCUCACCCCUGCCGCCCCUGCCACCCCUGCCGCCCCUGCCACCCCUGCCGCCCCUGCCGCCCCCGCCGCCCCCGCCACCCCUGCCACUGGUGCCGCUGCUGCCGCUGCUGCUGCGGCUGCUGCACGUGGCUCCUCCACAGGUCUCGCCUGGGGUGCCAAGUGA